CCACGUCUUGUUCUUCUCUACGUCAAUGUGGCCACAACACGUAAACAUGGUAUUUCUGGGUAACAAUCGAAGCAUGUCCUCUCUGUUUACACCAUUUUCACAGAGCAUCUCACCAGUCUCACAGUCUCACACACACACACACACACACACACACACACACACCUCGGAGCGGCAGAGGGGCACACCAGGAAAAGCCGCAUCAUUAGCUCAGCUCACCGUGUUCAGUGUUAGUGAGGACACACCUCUUCCCGCCACAUGCAGCAGAGUGCUAACCCCAUGAAGGAGGUCCACCCUCUGUAGAGUCCCGACAGGGGUGAGGUGUCGCAGUCACUGGAUCGGCCUCUCGAGAUCGAGUCCUACACAUCCUGAGCAAACGGUGAACAAUGUUGUGUCCGACGCUGAGUCUUGUCCUCCUGCUUCUGCUGCCACUCGCUGUGGCCUUCAGACCCAACGUGGGAAAAGCCAAAACCCACGUGAACAUUAUGAAGACAGCCAUCAUCAUGAAGAUCGCUGAAGUCUGCAGGGACGUGGAAAGAGCUGAGGGCAGAGACUUUGACACUCCGGAUGAGUCUCUGGAGGAGCUGCUGCAGGCCUGUCUGGGGCGCGACAAGGUGGGCGAGGUGUCCGCCGUGGCGUUCAAAUCCGCUCUGGAGCAGAUCUACCGGCAGAACGCGCUGGUGGACAACCUGUUCGCCAGCAGCGAUGGGCACCACUUCAACUCGGAGGCGUUUGUCGAGGGCCGGAACCUCAUCUCAGCGGCUGUGGCUACAGCCAAGGCCAACAUCCAGCAGGAGAACUUCCAAGCGGCCAGAGAGGCGCUGGGGCGAGCGAGCCACACGCUGCAGGAUUUCUACAGCCACACUAACUGGGUGGAACUCGGCCACAGGACUCCCUACGCGAACCUCCUGAGACCCGACUCUUCCAUAGGUCCCAUUGCAGGUGAGGGGGAGGCGACGUGCAGCGACUGCGACCAGGACUCCUGUCCCAGUAACAUCCUGCCGAGCAUCACGCGGGAGCAGAAACUCACCUCUGGGUACCUGUCCGUGAGGUCGCCCUUCAAACCGCCAGGCAAGUGCAGCCACGGGGGUCCGAGCGACAAGACGAGCAGCCAGCAUCCCCGGGGCGGGAUCCACAAAGAUGAGCCAGGACCCCAAAACAGGGAGCUGUAUGCAGCCGCUGUAGACGUGGCCAUCGCCGCCACCCUGGAUCUGCUGGAGGACAUCCGCAGUGCAGUCGGGGACGCUCGCUUCCUGAGGCUCAUGGGGAUCAGCCGCUCCUCGGUGCUCUGCUUCGUCAUCGACACCACGGGCAGCAUGUCUGACGACAUCGAAGAGGCCAAGAGGGUGGCGUUUUCCAUCAUCGACAGCAAGACGGGAACGCAGGACGAGCCCUCGGCCUACAUCCUGGUGCCCUUCAAUGACCCCGAGUUUGGCCCUGCCAUACGGACCACAAAGCCAAACGUCAUUAAAGCAGAAAUCUCCAAACUCAGUGCCACCGGCGGUGGAGACAUCCCAGAAAUGUGCUUUUCCGCACUCAAGCUCGCCCUCACGAGUGCCCCCCAGUCCUCCAGCAUCUUCGUUUUCACGGACGCCCCGGCGAAGGACACCCACCUGUUGGCUACUGUGAAAGCCCUCAUCCAGAGCACGAGAUCCACAGUGUCGUUCUUCAUUACAAACCCUGGCUUGUCGCGCCGGAGGAGGAGAGAUGCUCAGAGCGGGACUGUUUCCCAGCUCUACCAGGAUCUGGCGCAGGCCUCAGGGGGUCAGGCCAUCGUGGUCAGCAAGAAGGGGCUGCCCCAGGCCACUGCCAUUAUUGUGGACUCCACCACUUCUGCACUGGUGACCCUCCUGCAGUGCGUGAGGAGUCCAGGGACCACAGAGACCUUCACCUUCUUGGCAGAUGAGUCUGUGAGAGACAUGAUGAUAUACAUCACGGGGGACUCGCCCAUGUUCACCCUCCAUAGUCCUUCAGGUGCGUCCCAGAGCAGCCAGGUGACACACGGGCCCUUGGGGACCAUCCAGUCUGUAGGGAACCUUUGCAGAGUUCGGCUGAACCACCAAACGGGCCCGUGGAGGAUCGACAUGGACUCGAGAAAGGCGUACACCCUCAAAGUCACCGGUCAGAGCUCCACCGCCUUCCUGUACGACUUUGUCGAGCCCUUCGAAGGUCCCCACCCGGGCUACAUGGUGAUCGAGAGCCGCCCCCGAGCCGGGCGGGGGGCCAAGCUGCUGCUAACGGUGACAGGAAAGCAAGGCCCAGACUCUCUGAAAGUGGCCGAGGUGUCCCUGGUUGACGCCUCGGGUUCGGGCGAGGCCAAGGGCAUCGUGGAGGAGCUCGGUCACGGCGAAUACCUCGUGUCCAUGGAGAGAAUGCCACAGGGGCAGACUGUGCUCCUGGUCAAGGGUUUGGACAAGAACACAUCGAGCCACUUUCAGAGACAGUCCACCACCCAGCUCACCGUCUCCCAAGUGACCAUCACGGCCCAGGCUAACAGCACUCUGGAACCCGGGGUCGCCUUCUCUCUUCCUUUCACUGUGAUGGCCAGCAGCACCGAAGGCAAAUGCACCAUCCAGGCAAACGAUGACCGUGGUUUUGUCCAGUCUUUUACAAAGAGCCUGACCCUGGUGGACAGCAGUGCUCAGGGACUAGUGACCCUCGAACCCCCAGCAAACACACCGUCUGGUACAGACAUCACUCUCACCAUCAACGCAGAGUCUCCCGACAACAGUGACUCCAACUACGUGGUGCUGCGUCUCUCCGUCAUCGCAAAGGUGACAGACUUCAGCCCCCCCGUGUGCCACAUUGUGAGCGUGAGCGCCAACUGCUCACGCAACUGCAGCCUGUCCACCUGGGAGCUCUCCGCCAACAUCACCGACGGCAACGGGACAGGAGUGCAGAGCGUGUCCCUUCGCCGUGGCGACGGGAUCCUCCACAGCGCCGGCUCUGUGGGAGAGGGAGGAGUCAAUGUGACCGAGGUGCUCUACAGCGCCUCCUGCUGCUCACCAGAUGUGGAGCUCAUAGCGGUGGACGCUGUGGGGAACGUGGGGAUGUGUUCCCAUUCGGUCAGGGUUGCAACAACAACUCCUCUUCCACCAACUACCCCCCGCUCUGGCUCUCCGCCCCUCUUCCCCUCUCUUGCUGUCGGGCUGUGUGCGGCGCUACUGCACCUUUAUCAGAAUGGCUUCUAAGAAUGUAUGUCUUGUUGACCCUGGCAUGUGGUCAGUAACUGUUGUGGUCA